AUGUCGUUCUCAUACGCAACACCUCCCAGCCAUCAGGGCGCCGCUUACUACGGCUUCUCGACCAGCACUACUCCUUCCCCUGCUGAUUCCCCAUCUGGAUCUCCCGGAUACACUUCUUCACGACAACCAUUCCGAACCCAUUCCCGACAUACAAGCUAUGCGGAUACUACUACAUACAGAGCAUCUGCUACUGAGGCGAGGCCAUUCUCUCCCAGAUUUACUUCAAACGGACACUACGCCACUGGUGCUGGUCCAAAUGUGAGUCGAAACAAAAGUUCUUGGUCAUCACCGCCGCCCCGUCCUGAGACGAAGCGUCAGAAUUCUUACUCCCACCGAACCCCUCAUGGGGGUGCCGAGGACGACGAAUUUUAUGAAUAUUUAGAGGACGUGGAAGGGACAAUAUAUUUGUGCAGAGUUCCUCGUCGGUCGGCGGCGCACACAAAUUACAAAUAUGCUAGUCAUGGUACUGAUAAAUAUUACAACCAGAGCCCCAAGUAUGCUGAAGAUCCUGAGUCGCCAUACAAACAUCGCCGACAAACUUCAACAUCUACACCACAACGACCAGCGACCACUCGACCCGGCGCAACCCGGCCCACAACCACAUCGUCAAGAAGUAAACCUCAACCAGCCCCAGAAAAGGCCACCGAGGACGAUGCGCGCAGACACCACAUCCCGGCUGGAUACUCUCUCAAGAACUGGGACCCUACCGAAGAACCUAUCAUGCUUCUCGGCAGUGUUUUCGACGCCAACAGCCUUGGCAAGUGGAUCUACGACUGGACAGUCUAUCACCAUGGCCCCGCUACACCACUAUCCGACAUGGCUGGUGAGCUUUGGUUGUUACUAAUCCAAUUAGCCGGCAAGGUCAAGCGUGCUGAGGAAUGCAUGCCCCGUAUCCGACAACAAGACAACCGCGAGAUGGUCGACGAUUUCAUCGAGUCGGGAGAACGCUUGACAGAUAAAUUGAAGAAGCUUCUCAAGGCAUGCGAAGCACCUAUGUUGAAGGCAGGUCGAAGCGGAACCAAGUCCGCAACAACACAACUCGGCAAGAACGCCGGUACCGAAUUCGUCGAUUCUAUCUUUGGACGCGAUAGACAGCUUGAACAGAGCGAGAAAUUCAUGGCAUCAGUUCGGCUAUGGAAUAUGCGAUUCGACGCCAACUGCGAAGAAAUUCUACGCAAACCAGGUCAACAUGUUUAA